AUGCGGUUCCGAACCCAACUCUCCAGCGUUAGCACCUUUGCCAAUCAGGGGACGCAGGUCUGGGCUGCAUUACCUACCGAAGCAAUAUUUGACGAAAGCUAUACGCUUGAAGCUGCUGCUGGUGUGGUUAAUCUCGAAGUCCCCAUCGGAGCGCUUUCUCGAGCUCUUCGAUCAGCCAAUGGUGCAACGUCUGCCCAGUUGCGGCUGACCAAGAAAGGCAACAUUCCGCUGCUUGCUUUAACUAUUAUUUCUUCUUCACUCGUCCCGGGGAACGUUCCUUUAGGUGUGGAUGCUGACAAUGAGCUUGCUAGGCCUAAUCAAGGAUAUAGGGAAGAAAUGAAUCAGUCUGCUGCUCGUGAACGCGAAACCGUGAUUACGCAAGAAAUACCAGUCAAGGUCUUGCAUCAAUCUGUAGUCGAUGGCUUACACGAGCCGCACUGUCGGGAUCCAGAUGUUCACAUCAUCUUACCGAGCUUGGCUCAAUUAAAAGCUAUUUCGGAUCGCUUCACAAAACUUGCGACUAGUAGUAGCAAGUCAAGUGGGGGUCCCUGGACGUCCGCAGCUUUUGGCCCAAAAUUAGAAUUGAGUGCUAAUAUGCAUGGUUCGCUUAAGAUUGGCAUUGCGACGGAUUCAUUGCGUAUCUCAAGUGUCUGGACGGGACUAGUUAAUCCCCCGCUUGAUCCCAACCAAAUGCCAGACACGGAUAUGGACCAACUUCCUAGUGAGCGUAUGAGGCAACUUGGUGCUGAAGCAAAUGGCGACGAUGAAGCGGGUUGGGCUAAGGUACGAAUCGAUGGGAAGGACUGGGGGAGAGUUCUCAGUGUCGGCAGGUUAAGCCCUAAAGUCGUGGCUUGUUUCAUACACGAGUCGGCCUUGAUUCUUUACGUUUACCUGCGCGGGGGCUUCUCAGGGGAGGAGUCAUGUUUGACUUAUUACAUUAACUCUUAUUCGACUUGA